AUGACUUGGUGGCGUCGCGAUUCGGCCAUCUCCCCUGUCCAGCGCUAUGCGCAACGUCUACUCCGCUCCCACGAGGCGGCCCUUCGUACCCGAGGCUUCUCUCGCACACCAUCGCAAAAUUCCCAACAUGGAGACGAUAAGGACACCAAUCGCCCGUCGGGCAUGUCCAAUCUCGAGUGGGCACAAUUGCAACACUACCAGCGGUGGCGAAAGAAGCUGAUGGAGGACCCAUAUCAAGCUCUCUUCGGUGCGAGUAAUAGCAUGCUAAGUGGGAAGGGAUUGAAAGACUGGGAGUGGAUUAGCAACUCGUUUCCCAAAUGGAUGCUGAGGGAGAUGAACGACUAUGAAAAUGCCACGCCACAACCAAAGAGCGACAAAGACAUGAAGUCUUCGAAGAGAAAUGUGAAGAGAGAAGACAUGAACUAUGAUGGUCCAGAAAACUUCCAGGAAAGGGAAUCUCAUUUCCCGCAGCCUUCCUUCAGGGCCACGCGAAUCGGUGGCGACGAUGCCCGUGCUAUCGUUUCACCCUCGGACCUGAGAAGGCCGAGUGAGCAACCUCACGUCACAGUCAUUGGAGAAAGCAUAGAACCGAGUACUGAACCCAAACCCAACCCUCAAUCUUCCACUUCCUCAUCAAAUGAACCUCACAUUUUCGAAUCGUCACCUCCGACACCGCCGAAGAGUACACAGUCCUUCAGCGAUUACAUAAAGAAGUCGAACUCGGAUGCGAUAGGGAAGAUCGAGAAAUUGAGCAAGCCUACAGCAUCCCAAGGGACUUCUUUCAUGGAUGGAUUUCUCUCAGAAAAGCCCUCACAAGAUGAGGCAAACGUCGACACUCCUAAGUUUUCGACUUGGAAGGAAACCGCGCUACAGAGGCGUCUAUUGCGAGACGGUUUGAUGAAGAAAGACGCCAAUAAUGAGUCUUCGAGUAUCAUGCCAAUCGUCGAAAAAACCGAACCUAUGCCACCGACUGCAGCCAUAGAGAAGCACUCUCCAGCGCCAGAAGUGAAGCAAGCUAUUCUUGUCCCAGACGUGCACAAAGAACAAAAGCCCUCGCUCAAUGAGCAUGUUGACUCACUGAGAGGUCGUACCACACCUACAAAGUCAACAUCAGAAACGCUCAGUCAGCUGCCUGAAGAUGACAUUGACUUCUUGAGUGCAGCUGAGAUCCGAGCGUCCAUGGGUACGAAGAAGAGUAAAAUCUUGAGCGACGAACAAAGGAAAACAGAACGAGCAAACUUAGAAAAGUCUUUUGCUGAAGCACACGUUGAGACUAACGAAGUUGACCCGAUGAUUGAAUCCAAGGUCAUCAACGACCAACUUAUUCGUCGCAUAGAGCGUAAGAUGCAGAUGCCAGAAGAGCCAAAGGAGAUGGAUGAACCUCAGCCGGCUAAAAAAGCUGAUCAGACAUCGACGCUGGCAAACGAGGCCCAAAUGGAGUCUAGCAUUGAGCGUAUGAGAUCUUGGCUUGAGCAGGGUGGUGCCAUAUUCUCUAGCUACUUCUGGCAAGACCCCACAGAAGAAGCAGACGCAAAGAAGACCCGCUUGUUCUUCGACAAGGUGCUCGAGCGUAUUCGCAAGGGACGCUCAACCAUGCGACAAGUCAUUGAGGAUCUAGAGACAGAUAUUCCUGCGUCUAAAGCACUGUUAAAGCGCAUGAAGGCCGACGAAGACGUCUUGGACUCUGCAAUCCAUGCUCUGCGACAACGCUCAGGUAGCGGCAAGAUGCACUCGUUGACGCCCAAGAAGGUCCGAGCGAUACAGUCCCUGCGUUUAAAGUAUCAAGACACGGACAAUGAUUUGAAUAAGGCUUACGCGGCUUUGGAAGAGAUCAGCAAAUCCGAAGCUGCCAAGAACCCCCCCUUGGCUUUCAAGCAACGACUCGGCUUGUCAGCGAAAAUCAUCCAGAAAAACGCCCAUCUCACACGUUAUUUGAUAUGGAGUCUGCAAGCUCGUCUCGAGGAUCCGGAAAUCGACCGAAGCAUGUUGGUAAACUACAAGGCUGUAGCUAAUAGUUUACUGACGCUGAGAGAUACCCAAAUGGCUUUGUCUCGUUUGGUAGACCGUGCUAUGUUGGUGUACGGGGUAGUACCACAGACUGUGGAGAAGGCCGAAUUCAUGGGCCAAACCAUCCUGAAUACGCCAAAUGAGGAUGGGCAGGCGUCUCAUGAGGUAUCUCCUGGUAUGACCAUGAUCGACAAAGCCCAGCUUCGUGCUAGAAUAGCGGCUGAAGAACACCUUGCCAACGAGGUUGAUGCACAAAAGUCAGCAAUGCGCGGACUGUCAGACGAUGGGUAUGUGCGGGAGCCAAAGGCCCUGGCGAAGAAGUCAUUUGAGGAGCGUAGCCCGCUUGAUCAUAGCCUCUAUAGGCCCUUCGGACCGGUGCUGGAGAGCUUGGGCAGUGAAUUGCCUUCAAGAAUCGAAGCGACCAAACCUGAGGAAGUGGAACAGAAGUACAACGAUGCUGAGUUGGUCGCUGAAGUGCAAAAGGCUUACGAAGAUACUUACGGGCCAAUUACUGCUGACCAUCAGCAGUGUCCAGCUGCUGAUGAAGUAAAGCAUAGCCAAGAGAAUUCUGUCGAGAAGUUUGAGAUGUUGAAAGACGACCCUACGGUUAAUGAGGAGACUCCUGAACAGGCCGUUUCCACUCAGGCGGCUGAGCCUGAAGUCACCACUUCACAAACUGCAGAGAACGAGACUACCAGCGCACAAGUCGAGGCCUUGGCCGAAACCUCUACCCCAACACCUCAACUUGCUCAAACAUCUCCAGAAACCAUCGCUGAGACAUCCUCAGCAACGACCUCAUCCUCCAUCCCAACCACUGACCUCCCAACCCACUACACCAUCCUAAUCCACAACGCUGAAACCAACACCCUCACCCAAACUACCUCCACCUCCCCACCACCCCGCGACCCCUCCCCCACAAUCCCCCUCCACACCGCCCUCGCAACCCUCUCCUCCCCCUCAAAAUUCAUCCCUCACAUAACCCCAGAUGUGGAAAUUGUAACCGCAAAACCAGACAUGCUCAUCUUACGUAACGUACUCGCCCCAUCCCCUUCCAGCACCCCAAAAUCCCUACACGCCCCUGAGCACAGCGACGCCGCAGAUGAAGCGGAUGUCCAGCGCGCAGGAACCGUAAAUCCAAUCGAUGGUACUACGCGUCUUUCCCCAACGGGAUAUGUAGGACCUGAGGAGAAUCGCGAGCAGCUAGAGAAGGAGUUUGAGGAGCGCAGACGCGCGGCGGAAAGGGUGGUGCUGGGGUCUGGUGCUGAGGGGGAGAAUGCGAAGGGGUCAGCGGCGGGGAGUACGAAGAAGAAGGGACGUGGUGCCGGAGUUGUCAAGACGGCGAUUUGGGCGGCGGCUGUGUGUUAUGUUGUUGGUGUUUUGGGGGAGGUUGUUGCUUAG